GCGAGCCGCAUUUCGCCGCGGACGGUUCGAUAAAAAUCAGUCCGUUGCUCGCCUGGUUUCCCGGAGGGUGGCUUGUUUUUUCGUCGUGUUUCGACCAGAGAGUAGAGCGGGUUGUGUCGCGAGAGGCGUCGCGUCGCUGGAAUACUGGUGGUGUUUGUUGUUGAACGACUCGACGCGCGGGCGUCACGAUCCGGAGUCCCGAACGAGAGAGAGAGAGAGAGAGAGAGAGACGCGUGGGAUGGUAAAUGAUGGUCACCAGCAGCAUGGUUUAUGAAGAGAUAGUCGGCAUACGGGGCAGCUGACCUCAGCCGCCGCGCACGCUUUUCACGCGCGAGAUGCCCCACAAUCUAAACUCAGCUUCCGCGAACGCCGCUAACACGGGACCGAAUCAUCAAGCCUAUGCCCAGCAGCCGCAUCAUCGGGAGAACGCAGAUGGGCUUCAACCCGAGAAAGAACCGGUCGAAUUCGACACGUCGCAUCUGCGAGGCGCUCCAGCGGAGGUGGAGGCGUUGGUACACAACAUCAAAGAAGUUGCCCAGCAGUUUCUUUACCACUGGCGAACAUUUCCCAUCGUUCUGCCCCCGCCUUUGUCUUCGUGCACGGAGGGUGAAGACACGCUGGCGAGAAAGAAGUAUCAUCUGAGAGACCUCUUCGUAGCGCCUAGUUUCGACGAGCUCGAUGCCGUAGCUGUGGAUAGCAAGGGCGAGCCCCGAAGAUUGACGAACAAACAACUGGAGAGUAUUAGGGAGCGCGGCUUACACAAGGAUAAAUAUGGAAAGCCGAAGAAGCUGAAUGCCACUCAGUUGGAGAGCAUUCGAAGAUGCGGAGAGUUUGAAGUUGAUUCGAUCAACUUUGCCGGACAAACUCAUCGAUGGCGAUUGAGCGGUCUUCUGCAGCGCGGUCGGGACAGACGACGCGACACGCUGCUCACGGAUCUCGCUCUGGCCACUAGGUUUCUCGUAGUUACGGCGAGGGCUAGAUUAGUUUCUCACUGCUUCAGCGUCUCACAAUCUCUUAAAGCCUUGUUAACGGGGCUUCUGCGUCUUCUCGAUAUUAUAAUCGGCGUACCGUCGCUUCAGGCGCACAAUCUAGAUGGUAAAAUUAGGGAAGAACGUUGUCGGUACUUGGUGGCGGAAUUGGUCUGCAGGCCGGAAUAUGAAGAUUCGCUGGAAUUACUUUGCGGAUUCAUACGAAAACAACUUCGUCGAGCAGCCAUGGAAAAAUUCGAAGUCGAGAGAGAAUCGUCCCAACUAUUACCCGUUUCCGUUCCUUUCGUAUUUGGAACGCCCGGUGGAGCCGCGGUUGAUCUCAGAUUAUUCAGCAGAGAUAUAAUCCGAAAGGCUUUGCCGACGCUUGUCGCGAUUCUGGAGAGAGAGACAAGAGGCUGGUUUCUUCAUUUCAGAGAAAGACUGAUAUCCGAAUUGAGAGCACAAAAAAAGCCGGACGAAGAAAUAGAACGAGAAGUUAACGAGGCAGUAAUGCGUGAAUAUUUACAAAGGGUGUACUCAAAUAUAUUGUCGCAUCCGGAUAUACUUGCGCUAGGCGAGGGAAUUCCUCAACUGCUGGUUCAACAGGCGCAGUCAGUCGUGUUGAUGCACCGCGCGGUAGAGAACGUGCAACGGAAACUGUCGCAAACCAAAGCAUGUCUACGACGUCGCAUCGAGAUUGAACAUCCGAUCCUGUCGCGAAUACAGCCAUGGAUGCGCGAUCGUAUGCGAGAAGCCGAGGAAAAUUUUAUCGAAGAGUGCGAGUGGAGCGCUCACGAAGAAGCUCUCACGCUCUGCAAUCAACAGAAUCUCACGCAAACAGUAUACUUUCUCAAUCGCGAUUUGAUUUUCAUGAAAGAGAGAGAACCGGUUCUCUUGAAGGAACUACGAAAGGUCAAAACACCAACGAGGACUUUUCAAUGGCCAACGCAAAUUUGGCUACCGAAGAACUGGAUAAUAAGACGCAAUUUUCAAGGUCAGUCCGAAAUCAUUCCGACUGUGUUAAGCAACACUCCGACUUCUAUCACGACGCCGCGCGCUGAUCCUAGCCAACCUGUUUUUCUGGUCGAAAGAGAAAUUUUACACACAACCACAACAAGGUGGCCGAUGUGGCGGUGGAUAAAUUACAUCGCCAGGACGUGGUGUUGGACUUGGAAUGCGAUGUUCCUAUUGGGCGUAGCCGUACCGUGGUGCAGUCCAGUGUCGUUCCGCGCUUUGCUGCUGGUACAACCAUUCACUCCCGAUCUGGAAUUGAGUCAACUAAAUGGAACAUUAUUCCCGAGAAAGUCGUCGCAGAUGCCUACUCUUUGUUCUCGAUUGAUAGCUCUUUGGAGACAUAUCAGUAAAAGUCGAACACAUUUUGAAACUGAACCGGACACAGGUUUCAUCGGUAAAGGUAUGACCAGACAUCUAAACAGGCUAUGGAAUUACGGUGCGAAGGGUCUGCUAGGAACGCUCAUCAUACUGUUCGUAUUUCCGGCGGUUUGCGUUUUAGCGAGUGUCAGUUCGUUAAUUGUUGCUCUCACGGCGGUAUUAUGGAUGCCUUUGGUCACGUUGGCGCUGCACGCGUUUAUGGCACUUAUCAUGGACCUAGAUAGUCCCGAACCGACUCGCAAUCGUUAUCUCGUGGUGAUAGAGGCAUUAGUUUGGAACAUCGGUAUUCAAGGAUGUUUACAACCGAUAGCGGCGCUAUUCGUAGCUCUUAUUCUGUGUCCGAUUAUUUCAUUCGUGAUACUUACAAUUGCUGUGAUACGUUAUUGGGUCAGAGUAUUCUGGGAUACAGUUAUGUUCCACUUGGUGAUCAAGAAUAGAGGUCGGAUACCAGCAAGCGACAGCUUCGUCGUAAAGAGAAUAGCUGGACCGGGUUUAGCUUCGGAUUAUUAUUAUCAAAUAAAAGCGGAACAAGCAUUAGCCGCGUUCGAGGCAAAAUUAGAACUGGACGAAUUGCUGGCUUUUCAGCAAGAAAUCGAGAGAUUAAUUACUCAACCGCAAAGAGAUUUUACUCAAUUUGUCGAGGCGUGUUUCGGUCCGUUUGCCGCGAGUCUCGCAAAGACAAAAGAUCCGUACAGAUCGCUUGAGAAAGAAGCCAAAGAUUUAAUUGCCGUGCUGCAUGAAAAACUGGAUCGUCGAAGAAAAAAUUUACAAACAGGUCUCGGUGUUGCAGUGAGAAGUAAAAUAAAAUUGACCACUUUUGACUUGAAGGUGGUUAUACAGCAAGGAGCGCUGAUGCUGGAACGUCUCUAUCCUACUCACGUUUUUGCGAGAUUACCGGGUAACGAGGAAGAUUUCUGGGAGAACAAAGGUUUAGGAGUGUGCGACUGGGCGGGUUUGGCGGGUCUUAUGUACGCCGAUAUUUUCAGUUUGGAUUUUCUACAACCGCUCGAUGAUUCCGACACAAAAUUCAGAUUAGAACCGCAUUCGGGAGUCGAUCUGUCGCGUUACACGGAUAUGGUUCACAGCACCGAGCUCGGUGGCAUUAACGGGCCCGAUUUGCUUGGCGCUGUUUACGCACCACGCGGAAAUAUUCAAGUACACAGUCCGUAUCUCGAAGUAUCCGCCUUCAAUCCGAGAGCCAAGCAAGCCAGUAGCAGUAGGAAAUCCGACAAGCGAUGCGAUACCAGCGGUUUAUUGACUUCCACGAAACUUCGAAGACGCACGAUGACAAACGAAAACAAUUCGGAGGGAAGGUGGCAACCGUGGAAACGCGAAAUUCGUCCAUAUAGCGCGGAGAAGCUAGUAAUACCUCUGCCAAUUCCGCAUCCGGCCCACAUAGCGGUGACCAUACACAAUCGGGACUCGGAGGAUCCGAUUCCUCUCGACUCGGAAAUAUGUCAGAAUAUCUUACGAGCCAUCGAAGAAUCCCCCGGUGAGAUGGCGACCGAAUGUGUGAGUAGGUACAGAGGAGGCGGAGGUGAUUCCAGUUUCGAUUCCGUCGCGUCGCAAUCGUCCGUCUCGAUCGAGACCGGUCUCGAGAAAGAGACCGAAACAACGCAGGAGAUCGCCGCGGCGAACGCCGAAAAGGAAAACGAGACCUAUCAUUGGACCCUGUCGAAUUGGGGCGGUGGCAUGACACGAAGACGAAACAACUCUGGAUCUAUAAAAGUUGACCUAGCGUCUCCGGAGGACGUCACGCUUGACACAGAUACCACCAGAGUGAUGUUCAGCACAUACGGAACAACCGUCUAAAUGAAAUCCGCCGUUAUUACACGCCGAAAUUAAUGGUUUAUAUCUCGUUGUUCUAUUUAUAAAGGGUAUGUAUAUGAAAGAUGAAAAAAAAACAACAAAAAAAACCAAAAAAAAAAAAAAAAAAAAAAAAAAAAAAAAAAAAAAAAAAAAAAAAAAAAAAAAAAAAAACAGAAAAGAAUUGCAACUUCAGCCGAACGAAAUAUUAGAGGAUUAGAGAAGAAUAAUCUUGCCAUUUUAACGGAAAAAUACGUAAUACAAAAUAUAAGAUCGAAUUAAUUCAACUUUCACUUGAAGCAACGCAGAUUCUUGAUUAGCGUACGAAUCGAGAUGUUUGUCGAUGAAUUUUCAAAUUUAAUCAAAAGUGUGAGAAAAACUUUUCGGAAGGUGCGUUCUCGAAAAAAAAACGCGCGCGCGCGAUCGUGUUACGGAUUUAUCACGAUAAAGAAUGAAUAUGCGUAUCGGAGAGAUCGAGAUAUAUAUUAAAUUCUCCCAGUGAAUUGUGGUUGUUUACAUUCGCGGUAAAAAAUUAUAAUCACGCAGAUAUAUAAAGAAUUUUAUCUAAACAUUACGCAAGGUACUACUUGUCAAGUACGUACCACUUACUCGUUCGCCAUCAAAAUUCAUAUUAGCUAAUUUAUUGUGGGGGGGGGAGCGCAAAUAUCGGUUUCAAGAAACAUAUAUUAUAAAUGCAAGAUUUCAAGAUUUCGCUAUAUUAACACCAUGAUUUUUAAAAAUAUUAUAAGCAAAAAGAUUAUACAUACAUAUAUAGGGAGAAAACCAAAUUAUUCUAGAUAUUAGUGCAAUAAGAGUAGCGAAAAACCUCUUCCCUCGACACCAUGUUAAACAACUGUGAACAUUCGUAUUGACAUGUACUGUAUAUAUAUAUAGAUAGAUAAUUGUAUAAAUGACGAACUUGUUACUGUGUAAUAUUACUCUUUAAUUAAUACCUUGUGUUUUUUUUUUAUUUUAUGAAAUACGCUAGACGCUAUGCGGCGACUCGUCAAGAUUCAGAAAAUUAAUAGAUUUAUAAUUGUACUCAUUAAAUAUUACAUAACGCGUAACAUACCAUCUUAUCGUGUACGAUAAUUAAUUUUAUUUAAGGCGAUAAAAUAUUUAAAAAAAUACUUUGUGAACUUCCAUCGCACAUAACAAUAGAAAGCUAAUAAUUAAUAAAUUGUAUUAACUGAUUUAGUUUCUUUACACUCUUAAGAUUACUUUAGAAUUUUGAUAAAUAUGUUUGUUUGUUUUUUUUUUUUUUUUUUUUUAUAAUACGUGUGUGUACAGUAUAUAAAUAUAUGCGGUAUAUAAUCUUGCGCGACUCCCAUAAUUUAUUUCAUCGAAAAUAGGCUUGGAAAAUGUAUAUCUAACAUUUCGUAAAAUAUUUUAAAUGUCCUUUUUUGAACGUAUCAUUGUACAUUUUAUUUUACUAAUAAAAUUGCAAUAGAUGUUAAUAACCCAGAACUGAGUCGAGAACUGAAAAAGCACUAUGUAUAAAUAAGUGUAUUACACACACGUGUCUCUAUCCUUCAGAUAAACGCCGAAAUUUCAGACUGGAGCAAUGUCGCUCAAUUGUCUCAUAUUAUUUAUCUCUCUUCCCGGCUAUAAAUACAGUAUUCUCUCUUUCUUUAUAAUUAAAAUACAAUCAAUAUAAUUUUUACUUAUGUAACGUAUUAACGUAAACUGUUGACGAUAUUAAGUGUGGACUCCGAAUCGCCGACAACAAUAUACGUAUGUCGUGAGGAUUGUAUUUGGCGAUAAUUUAUCCGCGCGUACCCGACGUCACUUGACUUUUUAGUGAUCUGACAAAAAAACAUCUAAAACUUAGGAAAUAAUGUGAAUUUUUCGGUCAAUGAGAGCCAUACGCUGAAUGUUUGUCGCGUAU